ACAGUGGGUCCUCUGAGUGUGUGGGGCAGCAUGGCGGCGGCGGCCCGGGGUUCGGUGUGGGGGAGUCUGCGGCGCUUCUCUGAGGAGGUCCGGGAUCUACAUGGAACGGACUGUGUCCCAUAUCUAGAAGAGCCGCCCUCUCCUCUGCAGUUUCAUAGGGAAUGGCUGAGUCCGAACAGACCGUGUAUUAUACGCAAUGCCUUCAGCCACUGGCCUGCGCUGCACAAAUGGACGCUAGAUUAUCUCCGGAAAUGUGUCGGAUCUAAGACUGUCAGUGUAGCCGUCACUCCCAAUGGAUAUGCGGAUGCCAUAUAUGACAACAAGUUUGUUAUGCCAGAGGAAAGAACAAUGGUUUUUGCAGAUUUUCUGGAUAUUAUAGAGAAGAAAACAAAUCCUCCAGGUGUCUUCUACAUCCAGAAACAGUGCUCAAACCUCACAGAAGAGUUUCCUGAACUUAUUGCAGAUGUGGACAGUCACAUUCCGUGGAUGAGUGAAGCUCUAGGGAAACGUCCUGAUGCUGUAAAUUUCUGGCUGGGAGAAUCUGCAGCGAUAACAUCCUUGCACAAAGAUCACUAUGAGAACCUUUACUGCGUCAUUUCAGGAGAGAAGCAUUUUACUCUUCACCCACCAAGUGACCGCCCUUUUAUACCCUAUGAAAUGUACCAGCCGGCCACAUACAAAGUAAAUGAAGACGGAACAUUUGACGUUAUAGAUGAUGAGUCCCCAGCCAUGGUACCUUGGAUAUCUGUUGACCCUCUGGAUCCAGAUCCCAGUCUCUAUCCAGGAUAUGUUGAGACGCAGCCUCUACAUGUGACUGUGAAAGCUGGAGAAAUGCUGUAUCUCCCUUCUCUUUGGUUCCAUCAUGUCCGCCAAUCCCAUGGUUGUAUAGCAGUGAAUUACUGGUAUGACAUGGAGUAUGACCUCAAAUAUCAUUAUUUUCAACUAUUGGAUUCCCUCACUGAGGCAACAAGGAAUUCAUGAAUGGACUAUGAACAUUAAACUGUGCGAUGCCACCAGAUGCCUCCAAUUGUGAGGAACAAAGCAAACUGACAGGUGUGAAAUAAGCGCAUCCAGAAAUUGGAGUAUUAAUAUAGAUGAUCUGAAUGAAAUGUGGAAUCAGAUGUUGGAUGUCUUGCAGCCUGGAUGUCCUGGGAAUUAUUUUUUCAAAAAUAUGAAUAUACAUUUAAGACUCUGCUGGAAGUGUAUUACAUUUUUCAGGUGCCCCUUUAAGUGAUGCCAAGUGGCAGCCUCGAUUUAUUGCCAGGGAAUUUAUCAAGGGCUGAGAAGUUUUUUUUUUCAGAUUGUGCGCUCAGACGGUUCUUCUUCUGCAAGAUGAAUAGUCUCAAGUAUUUAGGUGACAUCCUCUAGAGCAGUGUUUCCCAACCAGUGUGCCUUCAG